UGCUUAAAAAGAAGAAGCAAUUUUAUUGGCUUCCCCGUUCAGCCAAUCACGGAAAUAGUCAUGAGCCAAUGGGGCACGCUAAGAAAACGUCUGAAGGAGUCGAAUCGAGAUUUGGAUGCUGAAUUUGAACAGUUUCUAAAUGAGUCACUCUCAGAAGAGUCUCUCAGCUCUCCUAGAGGAAAGUCCCCAGACCUAAAAAAAUAUGACCAAAAUGAAGCUCAGAGGCUCUCUUCCACUGCUGGCAAACCUUGGUGGGAAAGCAGUAACGAGGAUGACUCAGCUUCAAAAGUUGCAGUUGAGACAUGGUAUAAAACACCAACUUUGAAAGAAGAAUGCCACGAGUCAGAGAACUAUGGUAAAGAAAUUGAUUUAAAAACUACGGAAAACAAUGAUGGUGCUGGGCAAUCACCUAUUGACCUUGGAGCGUCCGUUACAAUGAGCAAGGAUAGCUUGGAUGAAGUUGGUGUUAAACUGGAUGAAGCUGCCAAACUGUCCGAUAUUGAAAGCCAGGACGUCGACGAAAACGAGAGGAUCUAUAGCCAUACGAACCCUUCUGGAUCAAAAAUGUCCUCAUCGGCAUCGCCAAACCACAUAGAACAGACCGAAAAAGAUGAUGGAAGCGUUAACAUCGACACCAUUGGUAACACAAUGAACGAACUAGCCGAUAAACUAGAGUUCUUCAAACAACUUGAAGAUGAGAGGUCGAACCUAGACUAUGGAAAGCUUAACAAACAGCUGGAUGAAGAGACGAGCAUUACAGAUCACGCGAAAGCUGAUGAUCCUCUGCAAGCCACCGGAGCUGAGUUAGGAAACUCAAUUUUCAAUGCAACUGAAGCAGCCAUGGACACCUUAUUACCCUCGACAGAUAAAAAACGUUCGAAGGAAAAGGACUUGGAUAGUAAACCCUCAAUGUUGUCCAAAGUAACGCUAAUGGAUUCUAUGGACUCCACUGUCGGCACCGAUCAACGCGAAAAGAUCAAGCAGAUUCGACAUAAGCAGAUUGAUGUUCCUGUUUCUGAAGAUGAAAAACUUGGAACUGACGUGAAAGAAGUCGCCCACGAUGAUUUCGUCGGUGAUGACGUCGUCGGUGAUGACAUCACUCAUGACGACGAAUCAAAAGUCGAAGAAUACUCGGAAAAUUUCGAGAGUGACGUUGAGGAUGCACCAUCCGAGACUGCAAAGACCGGAACGGAAUUACUUAAUACUUUUGAUGUCGGAGAGUUGGCCGACUUGCAGCAGGUUCUUCAGGCUGCUAAUCUGGAAGGCACUAAGGAUUCAAGCCAUUCGAUUCAAAGGAAACAAGAAUUUGAUGAAUCGAACCAAAGUGUUAUCGUUGUUGACAAACCACCAGCCCCCUUAAGGGAAGAAAAAGCUGCCUUCCCCGGUAAAGUGCGUGUUUCUGCCACUGCUCAACCGGCUGUUGCUUCUGUAUCAAGUACAAUUUUUGAAUCGAAAGGAUUUACUUCUACUACUUCCGGUUCCGUUCCCUUGCUCAAUCAAACUUUACCACUUCCCUUUGAUACGAGUGGGUCAGCGCAGGAACAGACUGGAAUCGCUCUGUCAGCUAGCGCUUUGGGUGACGCGCACGUAAAACGAGUUUUAGGACGCGAGGACGUCAUUAAAACCGGAUCAACUGGUUUUCCGAUUGGUAUGUCGACGGGCUUCGAGCUUCCAGUCAUGAAAGAGCCUCUUCAGUAUGCUGGCACCAAAGAUACGAGCUUUUUACCGCAGACAAUUCACGAAGUUCGUCCCUCCGAGGUCCAAUACGGUUUCAGUCUUAAACCUGCCUCUGAUGAUGCGAAGACGCGCGGUGAAGAUUCUCUCAAAUCACCAAGUCGAGUUCAAUAUGGUCAUUAUUCAGGAAAUAUUGAUCAAAGUACGCCAGAUACGAAAGCAGCCUCUCCACGGAAGUAUUUCCCCAAUGAGAUGUCAACGGACGAGGACACUCCCCCUCCGGAAAGUUUAAAAAACAUCAAGUCGAUUGUUCGACAGAGAAAAGAAACACAAAGUGUUGCAAAGCUGCUGAUAGGACGACAACGCGCAACGAAGAAAAGCUCGUCGAAGAUCGUGCCUAGGAGUUCUCUGGGGCAAAGGAAAAGGACAAAUAUUGAGGAGAAUGCAGGAAAUGUUUUAGACGAGAACGUAAAGCCGGCGAAAAGAGGAGACAGAAAUUUAAAAAUAGACGAUCGCUUUGGAUGGAAGGAUAGGCGAAAAGAAAUAGCAUCCAGAAAUAGAAAAGAAAAGUCCAAGAUCUCAAAAGAACGCUCACCAGAAAAAUUGAUGGCUUCCGUGGAAUCUUUUGCGGAGUAUCUUAACAGUUAUGUGCAUUCUGAUGCUGACGUUGUCGGUCGCGAUCCUCUCGUGGAAGAUGAGAGAAUGUCCGAAAGAGAAAUCGGUUCUACUCUCAUGUCACGUGAACAAGCUUUACGGAAAGAGGUGGAACAUUGGCAAGCCAUGUGGCAGGAUGAAAGGAGCGAGAAAGAGAGGUUGGUCAAUGAACUAACAGAAAAAACCAGAGAAUGGAAGAGACACGAGCAGUCACUCAAUUUACAUAAAAAGAAAGAAGUCGACGAACUAAAGCAAAGAAUAUUUGUAUUGGAUACUCAAUUAAAGGACGUAAAGGAUAAAAAGAUGCUUGAUAAAGGAAAGAACUUAAAGUCGAUGACCGACGACGAAUUACGGAAACUUGAGCGAGAAAUACGUGAACAAGAUCAGUUAUUGACGGGCUAUCAACAGGAGAACGAGAGGCUAUAUGACGAUUUGAAACAAGCACAGAUUAAGAAUAAAAAUGCCGAGACGCAAAUGUUUAAAGAAAAUCAAAAACUCGCCGGUGAAGUGGCUGCUUUAAAAGAAAAACUUGAAAGGAAAGAAGGAACAUUCGAGAUCAGUGGUACAGCUGCUUUAGGAGCUGAGCGCAUUGGUCAGCUGCAUUCCCAAUUGAAAAUGUUAAAAUCGAAUGAACAAGAAAUGAAGAAAGAAAUGGAUGCUUUAGAAAGUGAAAAAAGAGCAUUGAAAAUUGAGAUAAAGAAUUUAGAGAGAGAACGAGACAAAGCAGUUUCUAGAGCGGAGGAAUCUUUUGGUGUAAGUUCGCGGACAGUUAAAGACAUGGAAUCCACUCACGCAAACGAGAUCAACCGUCUCAAUAGAAAGCUAGCGUGGUACGUUGAAAAUCAAGAGCUUCUGGACAAAGACGCCGCAUUGUUGAAGAACAAAAAUGAGGAGAUAAAGGAACUCAAAGAUCUGAUCGAAAGACUCGAGGCAGAACGUGGAACCAUCAAACAAGAGAAAGAAAGGAAAGAGAAGGAGAGAACCGGUGAUGCUAAACGCAUUCAAGAUCUCGAACGACAGGUGCGUGAGAUGGAGCAAAUUAUCAAACGCCGUUAUCCAAAUUCUAUUCCCGCUCUGAUAUAUGCUGCCUCUUCAGCGCCCGGCGAUGGAAAACCGUUUAGACCCGAGGAUUCCCCGAAGAAACAGAGCGGACCUUCGUACGCGUUCUUGGAAAACCAAGUGAAGAAACUGAACCGAGAGAUUGAAGAACGAGAGGAGGAAUGGGCGCGAAGUUUUCGAGUCCUCGAACAAAAGUACAACGCAAUGCAAUUGGAGUACGAGAGGCACGUGACCGAAUUAAAGCGCGAUUUGGUAGAUGAGCGUGAGAAGGUGACUUCGUAUAAACGAACGCGUGCGCAAACUUCGUCUAUGGAGAAAGAGUUAAAGGAUUUACGUGAGCAACACGAACGGAAUGAAGAAGAACUCAAGGCCAAGAUGAAGCAGGCACGCGAGGAUUAUGAACGCAAAACUGGUGAACUCAAUGUGGAAAUCAAAUCCUUACGUGAUAUGUUAAGUGCGAGAAAGAAUGUUAGCAUGGAGGGAAAAAACAAUAAAACGCGAAAGGCUAAGAGAGAUGUAAGCAAGAAUAGCACACCCGUCGAUAACGAGUUACAAACACGUUUAAAAGAACUGAACGAAAUGUGUCGGGAAAAAGACCGCGUGAUUGAAGAACUGCGGGCGACGUGUUCCCAGCUGCAAUAUCAGAGACAAGAAAUGCUUUUGGAUACUAGAAAUGUUCAAGAUAACUCAAGGGAAAAGAUGGAUGUGUUAAAAAUGGAGAAUAGACAACUGCGCGAAGAACUUUCCCAGGUCACUGUGGAAAUGGAUCAGCAACGCGUCAGGUACCAGGCCUCUCUUGCGGAAGUCGAGCGUAUCGCUCGUCAGGAACGUGAAGCCUCGCACGACGAGUUGCGCUCACUACAAAGCCAGCAUCGACAAGAAUUGGAAAACAUGAAGCAGGAGUUUAUCGCUCAGCAUUCGCGCUCAAAAACUGUCGAAUUGAGCAACAAGAUUGCAGGGUUGGAAAUUGUAAUCGAACGUUUAAAGGAUAAACUGGCAGCGAGCGCAGAGACAGAAGCUGACCUUGCUUCAAAGAAGGUUCAAGAAGAAGUUUUGCGACAAGAAAUCAGGCAGUUGAAAUCGGAUCUGCAGAAAGCGAAGCAAUUUCACACGCCCGAAAUGAAACACUAUUCUCAAUUGGAGGAGAAGAUUGCCACCAUGGAAACGCGGUAUUCCCGAAGAGAGCACGAACUUCAGACGAUAAUUCAGAAUCUCCGGAUGAAUGCCGACGAUGAAAAAGACGCCGUUCUUACGAAAUGGCGGGCCUUGCUACGGAAGAAAACCGAAGAGACCGAGCGUUUCCGACUCGAGCUCGAUUCCAUAUUGUCAGUACUGGAGGAACUUCGACAACAAGGUGUCGUCAUUCCAAUGGGUAAAGUGAAACAUUUACAAUACUGAAAAAUGUAUUUAAAAAAUAUUUAUUGGUAUAGAGAAUUCUAAGUAUAUAGACAACCACGCUACAAAGAAAAAACCAAUACAUGCGCAGUGUAUC